AGAUUACACCCAUCCUUCACCAGCACUCCUGGGAGGGUUAUUUCCUCUGCUAGCUAAACCGAUGGAGUCCAACAAAUACCUCCUUCUCCUGCUCCCCUUCCUCCUUGGACAAGGUUUUGUUUUGUCCUUCAAUAUCGACACACGGAGGCCACAGGUUUUCCGUGGACCAGAGGCAGCGCAGUUUGGGUACAAGGUUUUACAACAUGAAGCUCAUGGACAAAAAUGGUUGCUGGUGGGCGCCCCAUGGGACGGCUCUGAUGAUAAUCGACAGGGCGACGUAUACAAAUGCUCAAUGGAAGCUCAGAAUAAUUCCUCAUGUACAAAAGUCAAUCUUGGGGAACUUGCUCUUAGGAAUGUCUCCAAGCAAAUGAAAAACAUGCAUUUCGGCAUGUCGCUGACACCGGACACACAAGGUGGAUUUGUGACCUGUGCCCCUCUCUGGUCCCAGGAAUGUGGGACAUCCAUGUACAGCACCGGAAUUUGCGCCCAAGUUGAUGGGUCUUUCCAGCCGACAGGGACCAUUGCACCAACAGCACAAAAAUGUUCCACCUACCUUGAUAUUGUAAUCCUUUUGGAUGGGUCCAACAGUAUUUAUCCAUGGUACGAAGUACAGAAUUUCCUCCAUAACAUUCUCAGCAAGUUCUUUAUUGGACCAGACCAGAUCCAGGUAGGGGUCCUUCAGUAUGGGGAGGUAGCAGUCCAUGAGUGGUCAUUGAAAGACUAUGCAACUUCACGAGAAGUCUUGAAAGCGGCCAAAAAUAUCAGUCGACAGGAAGGACGCGAAACGCGUACAGCAUUCGCUAUUCACAAGGCCUGCACUGAAGCUUUUAGCCCCGAGCGUGGUGGAAGAGAAGACGCCACUAGACUCCUCAUUGUUGUGACGGAUGGAGAAUCUCAUGAUGGAGAUGAACUCCCUUUAGCUUUGUCAGAGUGUGAGAAGCGUCACAUCACUCGAUACGCCAUUGCUGUUUUGGGGUAUUAUAUGAGAAGACAGAAGGACCCGGAUUCAUUUAUCAAUGAGAUUAAGUACAUCGCCAGCGAUCCGGAUGAAAAGUAUUUUUUCAAUGUCACCGAUGAAGCUGCGCUAAAUGACAUCGUAGAUGCUUUAGGAGACCGGAUUUACAGUUUAGAAGGAACGUAUGGAUUUAAUGAAAGUUCUUUUGAACUGGAGAUGUCACAAAUAGGUUUUUCCAUCCAUGUACUGGAGGAUGGGAUUCUGUUUGGAACUGUGGGAGCUUAUGAUUGGGAUGGGGGGGUGUUAAAGGAAUCCAUGCAGGGGAACAUUAUGCCCCCUCGUGCUGCCUUUGAGAAGGAAUUCCCGGUGAAGAUGAAGAAUCAUGCUGCUUACCUGGGUUACACGGUAUCGUCCAUCUCCUUGCGGAGCGGAAAGGGUUUAUACGUGGCGGGGGCACCAAGAUUCAAGCACAAGGGCAAGGUGAUCCUGUUUGAGAUGUUUCAGAAUGGCAGUGUGUCUAUCUCCCAGGCUCUGGUGGGGGAACAGAUCGGCUCCUACUUUGGCAGUGAAGUUUGCCCUGUGGAUGUUAAUGGAGAUGGUGCUACGGAUGUUCUGUUGGUGGCUGCUCCGAUGUUCCUUGGUCCACAGAACAAAGAGACAGGACGAGUCUACAUCUACAGAGUAGGCCAGUUGUAUCUGACCAUGAAUGGCACGUUGCAUGCAGACCACAAAGUUCAGGAUUCCCGGUUCGGAUACUCACUGGCAACUGCCACGGAUUUAAACCACGAUGGAUUCAAUGACGUGGUGGUGGGAGCUCCUCUGGAGGAUAACCACAGAGGGGCAGUAUAUAUCUACCAUGGGUAUCGUAACAACAUCCAUCCCACCUACAAACAGAGAAUUGACUCCUCAUCCUUCAACCUUGGCCUGAGUUACUUUGGCCGCAGUGUGAGUGCCAAAAUGGACCUUAGUGGAGAUGAGUUGGUAGACCUGACUGUUGGAAGUCAAGGCGCUGCAGUCAUGUUGAGGUCACGGAGCAUCGUUCGUGUAAAUGCCUCUUUGCAGAUAAAUCCUUCAACCAUUAACAUGGUACAAAAGAACUGUCUUCGUCAUGGGAAGGAGUCUGUGUGUCUCAAUGCUACGCUCUGCUUUUCUGUUACCUCCAAGUCACCAGGAAAGUGGGAUAAUCACUUUGGUCUUUAUUACAACCUCUCCUUGGAUGACAAAAAGAUCACCCCUCGGGCCUUGUUUGAUGAGAAAUCUCAAAAGGUGCUGAGUAAGCGCAUCCGAGCGAGCACAGGGAAAAUUACCUGCAUGAUUCUAGCCUUCCAUGUCAUCGAGACUGUAGAUUAUCUGAGGCCAAUAGGGGUUCACCUACGUUUUAAUCUGAGUGAUACAGAGUCUAGCCCAGUACUGGAUGACCGAUGCCCUUCUACUCUUAAAAAGCUGGUUCCAUUCUUCAAGGAUUGUGGUGAAGACAACGAGUGUAUCACAGAUUUGGUUCUUAAGGCCCAUAUGGAUGUCUCUGGAUCCAGAGAAAAGCCCUAUAUUAUUAGAAGAGACAAGAAGAAGGUGGCUGUGGAUGUCCUGCUGGAGAACAGAAAGGAGAAUGCCUACAACACCAGCUUGAGAAUCUGGUUUUCCAAAAAUCUCCUCUUCUCCAGUGUUUCAGGAAAGGGAAACAGCCAGACUAAGGUGGAGUGCAUGGCUUUAUCAGCCAAUACAAGGUCCUGCAGUGUGAACUAUCCUGUACUGAGGUCUAAAGCAAAGGUCUCUUUCGUUUUGGAGUUCGAACUAAGCUGUACUUCUCUCCUGAAUCGAGUGCAGAUAAGACUUAAUGCCAACAGUGAAAAUAUUGAAAUUAAUGAGACUCUACAUGACAACAUGGCUCAGCUCACAGCCAGUGUCCGAUACGAGCCAGAACUCUUUAUGUUAAGCGGGUCCACUCUCAAUCGAUAUGAGGUGCAACCAAGUUGGACGUUCCACCACCGCCAAGGUCCGGAGUUCAGGACUAAUUUCAAGAUCCAGUAUGUUGACUGUUACCCCCUCCACAAUGUAUCCGUGCACAUCCACAGCCCGGCAAUGGCUCAUGGGAGUUUAUACUUCCUGUCCAUCAGCAGAAUAAUUGUUGACAACGCCACUUGUAUGAUUUCCAACAUGACAAGGCCGAAGAAAGCUGUGUCACCAUUCCAUCAAGACGAUCUUCUACACACGGACAUUCUGAAUUGCAGUAACAGCUGGUGUGAGAGAGUAACGUGCCUGAUACCAAAACUCCAUCGGAAUAGUGAGAUAUCCAUCUCAAUACUGAGAGUCAUUCACAAUCAGUUCUUCGCGAAGGCAAAAUUCCGGUCAGUCAAGGUGGUCAGUACGUUCGCUCUUGACAUAAAGGAAGACAGUAUCCACUUCACAGACGGCGGAGGACAUCGUAGGGAGAGUGUCCUGGAAAUCCUUCAGCCCAUCCUCCUCCCUCUCUCCUUGUGGAUUCUGAUUGGCAGUAUUAUCGGGGGGCUGCUACUGCUGGCCCUAAUCAUCUUUAUUCUAUGGAAGCUGGGCUUUUUCACAAGGAAGACCCAAGGAGAGGAGGAGAAAGAGAAGGAAGAAACAGAUAAGCAAGACCAAUGACCACAACCAUUACUCCUGGAAAAGAGCGCAUAAGAUCAAUCACAGACUCUUCUCUGCCAGCCCGGUUGGGUGAUGAU